GCCGUGGAAGGAGCAGCCGCUGCGGAAGGGUGCAGGCUGGCUGUCACAAAGGAGCUAAGGCCUCCGAGAGAGACGGACGGAGGGAGAACAGAAGAGUGUAACGGUCGAGAGAGAGAGAACAAGAGAGAAAGAGAGGAGAGCGAGCGAGAGACUGUCUGGGCCCCAUGUCUGCUCCUGCCCCAAGCAAUAGAAGGUCUGCGUCGGGCUCACGCAGGCGGACGCCAGCGCCCCCCAGCACCAGAGAGCCCUUUGGCAACGCCUCUCUCAGCAGCAGCAGCAACUCCGGCUCCUGUAAGGGAAGUGACUGCAGCCCCACCAAGGGACGCCACCAGAAGUACACGUCAUGUACAGACAACCAUGGCAUCCGGCCCCCGCCUCCAGAGCAGUACCUCACACCGCUGCAGCAAAAGGAGGUGUGUAUACGCCACCUGCGGGCCAGGCUAAAGGAGACCAUUGACAGACUGCAGGACAGGGACACAGAGAUAGAUGAGCUCCGAGGCCAACUGUCCAGGAUGCAGGAGGACUGGAUCGAGGAGGAGUGUCACCGCGUGGAGGCCCAGCUGGCCCUGAAGCAGGCCCGCCGGGAGAUCCAGCAGCUCAAACAUGCUGUCGAUACAGUCCGCGCCAGCCUCAGCGAGGCGGGGGGGAUCAGCGGAGAUGUAGGGGUCCAGAAGUACUUUCAGGACAUCAACACCCAGAACCACAAGCUGGAGAACCUGCUGCUGAGCAUGGAACUAGCCCAGACAGCAGCAGCGGCCAAGGAUGGGGAGGCCAUACCAGGCUGCAGGGGCCGUGUCGGGGGGUCGGCACCUGCGUCUGUAUCAGGAGAAAGCCCUGGAGGAGUAGCCAAACCUCCUGUAGGGGGAAGGGGGUCCUGCUCUUGUGAUGGCUCCCCGGCUCGCUCCCUGACCCAGAGCUCAACCUACACAAGGUUGAGCGAUCAGACUCUGGCCGAUCGCAAUGGCAAUGGACCAGAUAUCCCUUGUCUGUCAGGUGAGGGCACCCAGGACAGUGGCUUUGUGUGCUGUGGGGAGAACAGUGUCCCCAGCCGGGCAGACCUGCUGCUGGAGGCUGCCUUCCUGUCCGAGGAGACGGCUUCCCUGCUCAAUUCCUAUGCGCAGACCCUUCCACGCUCCCUACCCAACUCUCUGCCCCACACCUUCUCCCACACACUGCCCCACACCAUGCCCAACUCCUCCACCUUCGAGAAGCUGUGUGCAGGCGACCGGCUGUCCUCUUUACGUUGUGCCCUUGCUGGAGUGGGCAGUGUAAGCCACCCGUGUCUGUCUCACCACCACCUUUACCUUCACCAGCUGCGGGAGACGGGUAUCCAGACUGAAAGCUGCCCUGUUCCUACAGCAAUUGGUUGCCCCUCUGACCUAGACACCAUUGCUGAACAGCGCACCUUCCGCUCUCAUGCCUGCAGCCCGACCUCCACCUGGAUGUCCGACGAGGGUGACGAAGAGCUGGACUCUAUCACCACGACUACCUCGGUAACCACGGCGACAAUCAUGACAACGGCCACAGAGCCCAUUCAAGGGUUGCUUAACAUCUCUGAGAGGAGUGAGGAGGUGAAGGCAGAAUGGAGGGAGGGGAGGGGGGAGCAGGUGGGCACAGUGGAAUGUAGCACAGUGGGGAAUGAGGCGGUGGUGGAGGAAGCAGCAGCAAGGAAGCAGUGGGAUUUAGCAGGGUUAGCCGCAGGGAGACAGAGAACAUUGAGGCUGGAAGGAUGCACUGGUAAUGACAGGCAAGAAGAGAUCAAGCCAGAGGAACUUGGUAUGGGAGAGAGACACCAGGAGCUGCAGGCAGAGCCGGUAGAUGUAUCUAAACAGAUAGAGACAGAAGAGGUAAGUCCAAGGAUCAGCCCAGGGUUAUCACCAGGUGUAGUGAGGCCUCAUACCUCCCAGCCAAGACGAUCAACCUCCCACGAGGCGAUAGCUGGGGUCACCCUGGUGGAGAUGUGUGAUGACGAGGAGGACGGUGAAAAUGGAACUAGCGAACUGAGGGAUGAGGAAAGUGCUAUGGCAGCAGAGGAGGACCCGUCGUCCACAUCAAGCUGCACUUCUGUCCAGAAAAGCUACUGGAGCCGUCACUUUCUUGUCGACCUGCUGGCUGUGGUGGUCCCUGUGGUGCCCACAGUGGCAUGGUUCUGCCGUGGCCCGGUACGUGAUGGACAGCCCAUGUAUCAUAUAGGAUCGCUGCUACGCGGCUGCUGCACGGUGGCGCUCCACUCAUUGCGGCGGGGAGGUGGGCUGAGGCACUACCCCGCAGGCGGGGGAGAUGUCGGGGGGACGCAGAUGUGAGAGGAGGGUCUGCCUGUGCACCACUUCAUCUAGGACACUUUGAGCGCUACAGCCCUUCAAUAUGACCUUUGACCUCUCCCCUUUGGUCCAGGGUCCUUAGCUUGUUUGGAAG